AUGGCGGCGAGUAAUGCCUCUGUGGCGACCAACUCGACAAAAGUCCCGUCGACAAGCAUCCUUGCUUCGCCUCACUUUGAUCCCACGGCAGUCAACUCAGCAGAUCCCUUCAUCCUGUUCGUCAUUCAGGCCUCGUUCAUCAUCAUACUGUCCAGGAUCCUCAACAUCGGACUGCACAAGAUCCGUCAGCCUCGCGUAGUGGCAGAUGUCAUCGCAGGCAUCCUCCUCGGGCCCUCGGUUUUCGGGCGCAUACCUCAUUUCACGGCCCAUAUCUUCCCGCCGCUAUCGCUGCCCUAUCUCAAUCUCGUGGCCAAUAUCGGUCUGGUCCUCUUCCUCUUCUUGGUCGGCCUCGAGGUCGACUUCAAGCUGCUCAAACGCAACGCAAAGUCAUCCCUUGCAAUCUCGGGCGUCGGCAUGAUUCUGCCGUUCGGACUGGGCGCGGCAGUCUCAGUGGGGAUCUACGAUCGCUUUAUCAAUCAGAGUGCCGUGUCAUUCGGUCACUUCUUGCUCUUUGUCGGAGUCGCCAUGGCGAUCACAGCCUUUCCUGUUCUAGCGCGUAUCUUGACCGAGCUCAAGCUUAUGAACACCGAUGUCGGCCUCACCGUUCUCGCUGCUGGCGUAGGCAACGAUGUCGUUGGGUGGAUCUUGCUCGCUCUUGCCGUCGCACUCGUCAACGCAGGCUCAGGUGUCACUGCUGUUUAUGUUCUGCUUUGUGGUGUUGGCUGGACGCUGGCUCUCGUAUAUCUCGUUCGACCUCUCUUUCACAUCCUCGCCCGCAAGUCUGGCUCGCUGGAGAAUGGUGCUCCUACGACGGGCGUCAUGACCGUUCUGGUCGUACUCAUAUUCGCUUCAGCCUGGAUCACCGACGUUAUUGGGAUUCAUGCGAUCUUCGGCGGCUUCCUUGUCGGCGUCAUCAUGCCUCACGAAGGCGGCUUUGCGUCUGGCACCAACGAGAAGAUCGAAGAUCUGGUCUCCGUCCUCUUUCUGCCUCUCUACUUUGCCCUCUCCGGCUUGAAGACAGAUCUCGGACUGCUCAGCGACGGCUCGAUCUGGGGCUGGACGAUUGCCGUCAUUGUCGUCGCUUUCUCUGGCAAAUUCUUCGGUUGUGCACUCGCUGCGCGUAUGACCGGCUUCGAAUGGCGCGAGUCUGCCGCAGUCGGCAGUCUCAUGAGCUGUAAAGGAUUGGUCGAAUUGAUCGUGCUCAAUAUCGGACUCAACGCUGGCAUUCUCAACAAACAGGUCUUUGCGAUGUUUGUCGUGAUGGCUCUCGUGACUACAUUUGCAACUACCCCUCUGACGAUGGCGUUCUACCCGGUCUGGUAUCAGCAAGAGAUGACAGAGAAGCGCAGAGCCGUGAAAGCUGGGCAGCACGAGCCCAAGCCAGACGAGCUCGUUACUCAAAAGGGCGCCUUCCGCGCUCGUUUCGUUGUCGUUCUCAGUCGUCUCGACCAUCUGCCUUCGAUGAUGGCCUUUGUCAAAUUGCUUCAACCGCCCAUCACAUACGACCGUGCAGUCAGCAAAGGCAACGCACUCUCCAUGGCUGCCGCGAAGGACGAAGCCGAGCCGCUCAGUCCCGUCGAUGCCUCGUACUUCGGCCAGCUCCAGAGCAGCUACAGCGUGGAUGCCCUUCGUCUCAUGGAAUUGACAGAACGCUCCAGUGCAGUUCUGAAAGCUUCAGAGCUCGAGGAGACUGUCAAGGCCGAUCCGCUUUCACAGAUUUUCACCACUUUUGCUGGCCUCAAUGCUAUCCCGCUUUCGACCAAGACAGCCAUCGUAGCUUCAGAUUCUUUCCCGUCGACGGUCACAGACUUUGCUACAGAGCGGUCAUCGGACAUGAUCAUCAUUCCCUGGAAUGCUGCUGCGCCAGCCGUCGUGGUUCAAGAGACAUCGUCGAGCUAUUUCAACCCUUUCGAGUCCUUGUUUGGUGGCAAGAAUCAGCUUAGUGGUACAGAGGCAUCACCUCAGUAUGCCAACUUUGUGCGAAACGUUUUCGCCGAAACGGCGUGCGAUGUCGGUCUGUAUCUCGACUAUGGCACAGCGCCUGCCGUAGCUCCUGCUGGCAAACGUCAUCUGUUCCUCGCCAUGCACGGCGGUGUCGACGAUCGCGCUUGCUUGCAGCUCAUCGUACAGCUUUGCAGCGCAAACCCUGGUGUCACCGCUACGAUCGUUCGCAUUGUUCGUUCCGACGAGGCGACUGCAGAUGACAACGAGCUCGAGACCAAGCAUUCGCAUACGCCGACCGGCUCAUCGGGCGACUCGGUCAGGAAACCAGACAUGCCUGUCUUGCUCGAUCAAUUCACCCUGGGCAGCAGUCACGUCAAAGAUACCAUGUACGGCCCUGCAUCGACGCACAAUCAGUUGCAGUCCGAAACGGCGGACGAGCUCCUGCUCGCACGCUACUUCUCGGACUCGCAAGAUCUCGAUCCGUUCCUCCGCACCGGUCUUCAGCGUGUGCAGUAUUCGGUCGUCAAAACUGCGCGUCCGCUUUUCACGACGCUCGUCAAGGCUCGUCAGACUGCGCAAGCAAGCUCGACGCCCAUUCUCAUCGUGACAGGUCGAUCUCGUCGUGGCGGUCUAUCGCACCGCGAGGAACUGUCUGCUGUACUCAAGGGUCAUGUAGAACAACACAAUGGUCAGGUACCUUCUCUCGGCAUUGCCGCUUCACCCGAAGUGCGCAAAUCGCUCGGCGACGUUGCUUCAGCCAUCGUUGGAACCAAGUGCCCGGCAUCGCUCCUGCUGGUUCAGGCGAGCCUAAAGCAUCAGCAAGCAAGAGAGCUCUAG